AUGGUCGUCACCGAUAGUGACAGCUACCAAGCUAUUGAUAUACCAGCUCCAGUGAAAAAGUCAUGGUCCCGUCAGGUCCUUACGUCCUUGACCUUCUGGAUCAUCGUUGGCAUGGUCGUUGGCAUCCUCAUGGGUCAAUUUGCCCCCGAGUUUUCAAAAAAAGCGGCUCCUAUGAAGGAGCUCUUCCUCCGCUCGGUGCAGUUCAUCGUGUUCCCGCUCGUGUUUUCCUCACUAGUGAUCGGGAUCGCAGACCAAAAGGACAUGAAACAGCUCGGCCGUCUCGCGAUCAAAUCCAUCAUCUACUUUGAGGUUAUAGCGGCACUGGCACUGAUCAUCGGGCUUCUAGCUGCCAACAUGAUCAAGCCUGGCAAAGUCGGUCUCACUCAAGUCGACGACUACGACGGUCCAACGAAAAGCUCGUUCACGCUCGAAAAGUGGAUCGAGCACUUGGCCCCGAAAACGUGGGGCGAAAUGAUGGGAGGUAACGGCUCGUCCGAGCUCCUUCAGGUGCUCGUAGCUGCAAUUCUUACGGGCGUUGCCACGUCUCAACUUGAACACAAGCACAAGCAUCUGAUCAUUGACUUUGCACGUGCCGUGCUGGAGAUGAUGUUCAAGUUCGUGGACAUUGUGAUCUGGACCGCGCCUAUCGGUGUCUGCUUUGCAAUUGCCAGUGCUGUUGGCACCAAUGGUCUCUCGUCUCUAGGCAGUCUGGGAGCCCUUGUCGCGACGGUGUACGGGACCAUCCUGAUCUUCAUCGUCGUCGUCUUUGGCUCAGUGUGUCUGAUUUUCAAGAUCAACGCGAUCGAGUUCCUCAGUGCAAUGAAAGAUCCGCUUAUUAUUGCCUACACGACAGCUACGUCCGAAGCUGCUUUGCCAAAGGUGUUUGAGUCACUGGCGAGGUACGGCGUCUCGAAGCACGUCUCGGGGUUCGUCGUCCCCUUUGGCUACUCUUUCAACCUGGAUGGCUCAACACUGUACCUCUCGCUAGGAUCUGUUUUCUGCGCGCAAGCUUCAGGGGUGGACAAGUCGAUCGGAGAGCAAGUUGUGAUGGUGCUGAUGCUCAUGGUCUCGUCCAAGGGCGUCGCUGGAGUGCGCUCGGCUUCCAUCAUUGUUAUUGCUUCCACACUGGACCAAUUUGACGUGCCGUCGUGGCCCGUGGCGCUCAUUCUGGGUGUAGAUUGGAUCAUGGACAUGCUGCGUACCUUCACGAACGUGCUGGGCAAUUGUCUCGCAUCGGUUGUUAUGGCCAAGAUGGAAAAGGAGUUUCGCACGGAGGAGUGGGUGCGUGAAUACCGAGGAUCACGACACAGUGAAGACAAGAUGGACGAGAAGAUGAGCCACGUGUCAAUGGUCUCCAUUAUUGACGAAGGCCGCUGCUGA